CACCGUGUUUACGGCGGUGGAUCAGCUGUUCGGGCGCUCUGUCCUUCACAUUCCCUAACGUGGAAUCGCGCAGUUCGGCCGGGAGUAUUUCCUUGUCUGCCCGCUCCCGUUCACCCCCGGGUCGGCGAAGCUGGGGAUGGGCGCUGCGCCGUCAACACAUUAUUGUGUGCCUUUGUUCUGACCGGGAUCUCUCCCUCUCUCUAUUUCUCUCGCUCGCGGAUGGAGCUGAGAUGCUUGACAAAGCGGUCCCCCAGUCUACGUCGGGUCUAUCCAAUGGAGAGAAGGUCACAUUGGAAACACCAGAUACAGUAGACAACCCCAACUGGAUCGCAGGUGAAGUGUUGCCUCACCUGGAAAGACUGUUUGGGGCCCUGAAUGGAGAUUGUUGAUUCGGUGACCAUGGAGACUUCAUCUUUGGAGCGCCAGCUUCAGAGUGUCCAGCGGAACAUCACUUUCCUGAAGGGCGAGCACAUGGACCUGCUGCACGGCCUUCACAUGGAGAUUCUGCAUCUGCAGAAGCGGUGCAGUGAACUGACGUAUGAACUGACAUCAAAGUCAUCAAAAAAGGGCCAGUCAGAUGAGUGUGAGCCACGGCUGGACUGUGCACCCAUCGAGGCCCAGCUCAGGGAGAAGGAGCUGCAGAAUGCGGUGCUCAGGAGGGAGCUCCGCCGCAAGGAGGCCCUUAUCUCGGCGCUGGAGGAGAGCAUGCGGAGGAGGGAGAGGCUCUUCCUGGAGGAGCUGAAGAGGCGGAGCCACAGGAUGGCCGUGCUGAACGUGGAGCUGCAGAAGCAGUCGGAGGCAGCGGCGCAGCUGUCCCUCCAGCUACAGAGCAUGAGGCAGAGGCUGAGCGGCUCCAGGCAGGCAGACCGACCUUCGGGCAAGCCACCUGACGAGGCGAUCCCCGCCUCUCCGGUUUACACCUCGGUCGCCCUGCGGAGGAGCCACAGACCCCAAUGCAGAGCCACCGGCAUCGGCUGCAGCGACAAAGCAGCAGGCAGGGACUCCACCCAGCCGAGGACCCUUUCCAGAUGGGAUCCCAUGCCCGACCCUGCUCUCUUCCUCCAGGCCAAACGGAAGCAUGCCCAGCGACAGGGGCAGCCGGCUGCGGAAAGCCAGCACUGCAGGCAUGCCAGUGGCAGCGGACCUGGGACAGCACAUGCCCACGGCAGAACUGUGACCCAGGGUGGCUUGACGUGCUCUGACCUCCUGGGGCCACCGGCUGAGACAGAGAUCCCGCUCACCGACGAGGAAAGCAAUGGCGAAGACGUGCAGAAGUGACGGGACUGCGGGUGCCCACCCUCUGCAAAAGGGGGUGAGGGAGAGGGGGUCCUCCCCAAGGUCGACAGCAUUGACAUGGCGCCUCGUUUCAGAGACGCCCCCAGCCCAUUUGGGUGAAGUUUCAGGAAACCUCACAUCUUCGGCCGACAGUGGUGGAGUGAAUGUUCGUCACCCUCGCAGUCUGGUUUUUGUUUUACAUAAAACAGUCUAUUAAUCUCAGACCUAGCUAUCUUGGGUCAAACAAUAGGAGAGAAGAGCAGCCUCUCAAACAGAAACCUGACAAGUACUGCAGAGCCUCCUGUUAAAAGACAGGAAACUGAAUCACCAUGAUUUAUUAAACCAAAUCAGCAGGUGACUCCACUUUGUAAUAAAUAUUUGAAAUAUCAAAUUAUCAAAAAGUUGAUUUAAAAUCAUAUCUGCGUUACAAAAAGCUCUAAAUACAUGCACUCCUCGAUGUUGUGCUGCAGAUAGAAUUAUGUUGGAAAUCGCGGACACACUUGAAAAACUGCAAAUCAGUUAAAGAAAACAAUUAUGUGGAGCUUACAGAGACGAGCAACAAAACGCACCAAAUGCACAAUCUCUCCACUGUUGAACUGAGCUGCAGAAGGACUCACCUGGUGUUUUAGUUAACACCAGCUAGGCUUUAAAAAAGCCUUAAAAGGGAACAACAUGAACAGCUUUGCUGGAAGAACAACGUUGGCAUCCUUCCAAAUUAGUGCAACUGAUUUCCCACAAGUAGGGGUGUAGGAGAUCCUUUAGUCAGAUAAAUUUGCAUCUAUUCUCUGCAAUUAUCUAUCUGAGGUCAAACCUCAGAUAUUACAGAUAGCUUCGCGCGCUAGACAAUCUUAACAUACAUCCCUCUCUGUUUCUGAUCUUGGCCCUGCAGUUAUUUUCUAGUCAUGAACAGAUUAUAAUCCACUCCCUGAUCCAUAAAUGUUAUGACCUUAAAAAGACGUAGGUUAAUUCGCAAUGCACUUUACCAACUUGUCAUUCACACAUAAGCAUCACAAGAUCCACUAUACAAUAUAAUGGGUUAAUCUUCCGUCAAAAUCAAACUUUACUUUUGGAAAGCUAAUAAAAUUUAAACCAAUCAGAAACUACUUCACUGAUAACUAUUCAUCCUAAUUGGUUUAUUUUUCAGGAGUUGAACCCCAUUAUCAGCAUCAGUACAACUUUAGAAUGUCUUCUAGCCCCAUAAGGCUAGCAAUGAAGAUGGCAGGGAAUCCAUUGGUUUUUAUGUGUUUGUUAUUGACGGAUUCACGGAGAGCCCAGUAAAUGUUCUGAUUGCUGUUUUAAUGUCUAACCACGAAAACCUGAUGUUAACUUAUUGCCCAUUUAUGCCGCUGGCAGCCAUUUACGGCAAUAAUGAAGGUCCUCUAUCUCUGUCUGUCCAUAUUUGUAUACAGAUAUUGAAGGAUUCUUCAUUGUUGUUCCCAUAACAAUUGUUUUUUGAUGAGUUAGAGUGGUUAGCCUUAAGCUGAACCCCUGAACCUGGAGGACCGGUGGACCACUCUUAGUCUGGCCUCUACCCUUUGACCUGUUUGUCAUGGGUGACCCUCCCAAGAACCAAAGCACAAGGCCCUGACUCCAGCCAACAUAGCACUCUGGGUCAUUGAAGCAUGCAAGCCUCCAAACCCUGUGACAAGUUUGGAGGCUUGAUGUUAAGGGGGGUAUACUAAUGAUCUGACUUCACCAGAAAUACCCAUAAUCUUAAAACAAAGGGUUGAAGAAGAAAUCUCAGUUCAGCAAAGGGUUAACACAUCUAAUAAGUCAUCUGCCCACUGGUCUUCACUGGAAUUGGCCAGUGUCCUUCAUAUCAAUUAUGAAUACAGGCUCAAUGAUAAGCUCUUUCAGCAUUAACAAGGUAUAUAUCUAGAAGUUCUUGCCCACAGUUUUGUUGACUGUGGUACCAAAAUUUGUAAAUGCUGGCUUUGAUACUGUAGUUACUGCACUGUAAUUGAAUUUCUAUACUUUCUUCAUAUGAAAACAUCUAUUGCAGCUAUAUUUAGCAAUUUUAUCUCUACAGAAAGAUUAAAAAGGAUAAAGCAAAAUACCACCUUCAAAAGGUGUGCCCCAAUAGGAGUAUAUGCUCCGAGUCAGAUGCCCAAAAAUCUUUCAUGUGGUCUUAUUGGUCAUUUUAUUCCCCCUACUGGGUAGUGGGGUGGAGAUACGUCUCUAUAGAAGGAGGUGUAAGGUUAGUCCCUCCGUUAGUCUGCAGGUCAUCCUUGGGCAAGGUGUAGCACCUGCUUCAUCCCCGAUCAGGGUCACGCAAAGCCACGGCAGCAGGUGGUGAUGGUUGUAUGAGCACCUGGUGUUUAUCUCAAGUCCUGGUUAUGUGACCAGUGAGGCCAGGCAGACUAUCUCUGAGGAGUAUUGAUAAUGGCUGGGAUCACCCGUCAUGUAAAGACAUUGUCCAGAAGAAGGCAGUGGCAAACCACUUACGUAGAGAGCAACCAUGGCUGUGGACAACACAUAAAGAUGACUGCCAAGUUAUAGGGGUAAUUGCAGAACAAAUAGAACAAAAGGAAUAUUAAUUCAAAAGGAAAAUGUGUUAAUUAACAGAUUCUACAAAUGCUGGAACUCUUGAGCAAUACCCACAUAAUGCUGGAGGAACCCAGCAAGUCAGGCAGUAUCUGAGAAGAAUAAACAGUUGAUGUUUGAUGUCCUUUGCCAAGUGUUUCAGGAUGUACCUGUUGGAAAAGUUAACUAUAGUUGGAGAAUAUAUGUCAAACAACUCCAAGUACAUAGCCUGAGGGAGUAAUUCAGAUAAUUAUUACAUUUAUUUGGUUGACUAGAAAUUUGGAUUGAGAGGGCCGCCUUUUGGUAAUAAGAUGGAAUAUCUGAUCUUCUCUGUGAUAAACUGAACGGAUUUCAGCAAUCAUAUGUCAAUCUCAGAGCUGCACUAUUCCAAAUGUUGUUCAUGUCUCAUGAAAUCAUGAAGUGGGAAUUUUCUAGCUGCAUGGUUGGAGCAAAUUUGAUGGGCCAAAUGGCCUAAUUCUGCUCCCAUUUCUUAUGGUUUGUGGACCAAAGGGGGUGUCUUGCCUUAGGAUUUCCCAAUUAGCCAUUUAUGAGUGGGUUGUACCUGGACAUGGUUGAAAGGGGUAGAGGUUUGCGCUCUUGCAUAUCUGCCUCCCUCUCUCACACAUACCAGCUCAUCAACUCUCCAGGCACCAGCUGACAUCCACCAUCAUCCCCAAGUGGUUAUACUUUCCUGAAGCUUUCCAGAUAGUGGGUUUUGACUAAAAUGGCCAACCUUAGAUCCUCCAGUAUCCACAAACUUGACAAUCAGUGUGGAUUAUGGCCAUAGAAUCAUAAGAUAUAGGAACAGAAUUAGGCCAUUUGGCACAUCAGGUCUGCUCCAACAUUUCAUCAUGGCUGAUCCAUUUUCCCUCUCAAUCCCAUUCUGCUGCUUUCUGCCUGUAAUCUUUCACCCUGCCCCCGACUAAUCAAAAACCUAUGAAGCUCUACCUUAAUUACACUUAAUGACCUGGUCUCCACAGCCACCUGUGGCAAUGAAUUCCACACCACCCUCUGGUAAAGAAAUUCCUCAUCGUCUCCAUUGUCCAUUAAGGAAUGCAAACCUCCUAACCCGAUGAAGAAGCAGUUCAGUGAAGUGUUCUGCUCUAGAUCACAAGGCUGUGGGUUCUAGUCUCUCUCCAGAGAACUGAGCACAAAGAUCAGGGCUGGUUCUCCCUCAGUGCUGAAAAAAACCUGCACUCCAUAUGAAAUAAGAAUAUAAAGAUAAUGAUGUAGUGAGGUGUUAUACAGCAUAGGUCAGGCCACAUUCUGAGUAUUGUGAGCAGUUUUGGAUCUCAUAUCUAAGAACGAAUUGGAGAGGAUCCAAGCGGAGGUUCAUGAGAAUGAUCCCAGGAAUUAAACUGUUAAUCUACGAGGAACAUUUGUUUGAUGGCUCUGCACCUGGAGUUUACAAGAAUGAGGGGUGACUCAUUGAAAAAUAACAAAUAUUGAAAGGCCUAGACAGAGUGGACGUGGAGAGGAUGCUUCCAUUAGUGGGAGAGUACAGGACCAAAAAGUGGAGCCUUAGAAUAGGAUGUUCCCUUUAGAACAGAUAGAAGAAUUUAUUUACCCAGAGGGUGGUGAAACUGUGGAAUUCAUAGCCACAGCCAGCUGUGGAGGUCAAGCCAUUGGCUAUAUUUAAAGCAGAGGAGGAUAAGUUACUAAUUAGUAAGGGUGUUAAUGAAUAUGCGGGAAGGCAAGAGAGUAGGGUUGAGAGGGAUAACAUGAUUAAAUCAGACUCGAUGGACCAAAUGGCCUAAUUCUUCUCCUAUGUCUUAUGCUCUUAUUAAACCAAAGCCCUAAUCUUCUUUCUGGUAGAGCUAUACGAUCCCAAAGCUCUGGUUCAUUAUUGUGCCCUGGACAUAUGGCACUCAGCCAGUGUAAACAACAAAUUAAAACCUCCAUAGAUUCAUCACCCUCUGGCUAAAGAAAUUCCUCCUCCUAUCUGUUCAAAAGGGACAUCCUAUCUUGAGGGUGUGUCCUUUGGUCCUAGACUCUCCCUCUAUAGAAAACACUUAAAAACUGGUUGCUAGGAAUCUAACAGAAAAACAAAAUGCUGAAAAUACUCAGCUGAACUAAAGCUCACAUUUAAGGUCAAAGGCUUGCUGAGAGCUUUCAUCAUUUGCUGUUUUUGGUUCCAAAGAAAAACUACAAAGUCCUGAUGAAGGGUGUCAGCCCAAAUCAUCAACUGUUUCUUCUCAUUCAUAGAUGCUGCCUGACCCGCUGAGUUCCUCCAGCACAUUGCGUGUAUUACGCUAGAUUACCAGCAUUUGCAGUACCUCUUCUGUCUAAGGUUACAAAGACAAUUUCUACUAAUUGUAAACUGGUGGCCACGUUGAGAGGCUCUGAGACUCUUUAGGGGCAGGGAGUGUGUGUGUAAAUGCAAACCUUUCUCGUCAGUCUAAGAACACCAAGCCUAUAGUCAACACCUUCGUACCUUGUUGACUAAGGUAAUGACCUGGUUCUGCACUGUCCUUGGCCCAUGCAGAUUGGUAAAGCUUUGGGCAAUGCAGUGGGUUCACUGCUCUGAUGCAGGUUGACGGAGACCUCGUGUGAGAUGUCAAAGGAGGCACUCAGACCUACUUGCUGCUGAGCAAGCAAAUCGCAAGCAUGUCGCUCACCGUCAGGUUUAAUCCUGAUGGCCUCUUGCUUUGAAAUGUAGAAUUAGCUCUCCUCCUACACUGCAAAGCAUUGUAACAUAAUAUGAACAGUAGCAAGCCCUAGACACUGUUGCAAACUUCACCCUUCUUACAUAACUGCAAGGAUGUCCUUUUACAGCAGAGAAUGAGAAGAGUGGUGAAUCUGUGGAACUGCCACAGAUGAUUGAUGCCAAGUCAUCAGUACAUUUAAAGCAGAGGCUGAAGAUUCUUGAUUAUCAAGGGCAUCAUAGGAUAUGGUUGAACAGACAAGAAAAAAGGUUGAGAUAAAUCAGUCAUGAUGGAAUGGUGGAACAGAUUGGAUGGGCCAAAUGGCCUAAUUCAGCUAUGUCUUAUUGUCUCAAAUAGGAGCAGCAGCAAGCCAUCUAGUCUAUUGAGUUUGCUCUGCCAUUCAAUAAGAUCAUGGCUGAUCUGGCUGUGGAAUCAGCUCCAAUUACCUGUCUUCUCGUUACCCCUGCAGAAAAUUUAUUGCUCUAAGCCAUGAGUAAGCUCCAUUGAGCAUUCACUGCUCCUUGAGUUAGAUUACAAAUAUUCUCAACUCUCUGAAUAAAAAGCACUUUGUUGUAUUCUAACUGGCAUGCCCCUGAUUUUCAGAUUCCAGUUAGAAGAAACUCUGCAGAGUACUCCAAGAAUUAUGUAUAUCAGUAAUAGCUCCUCUCAGCUGCAGAGACCAGUGGCCUCAACAUUGUGAAUACAUUGCCAGUCAACUAAAGACAAAUCUGACUCAAUCUGCUAGCUGUCUUGUAGAAUCAAACAUAAUCAACAGCCUCAUGAUUGAGCCCCUGGUAAAAAUGCAAUUUCCAAGAAUAGAAUCUAAUUCAAAUUCUAACAGUGCCCAUUUUCAAAACUCUAAACAGUAAAUGGAGAAUAAAAAAUUCCUGGAAAUGAAAAGAUAGUAUCUUAAUCAGAUUUGAGGGUCAAACCUACUGAUGAGCCAGAAAUCAAAUACUGUAGGUCACCCAAACACAGCAUAUAUUACUGGUUUGAACUCCAGUUUCUGGUAUUUGAAAUUUGCGUACUUUUUUAAAAAAAUCAUCAGAAGAAAAACCAGCUUUGUGAUUUUGUUAUAUGGUUUAUCAAUGUUCUCUGAAGCAGAAACAGUGAUAGCAAUCUGUUACUCUGCAUGGGAGUCCUGUGACCUAGGAGGCUUUUUUUUAACAUGAAAGGAGUUUUUUUGCUGAAUAAUCAGUUAAUUUCAGUGUGAUUUACAUUAAAUAAGUGGGACAGAGAUGACUUUCUCUUUCAUUAUGCACUCUUGAUGUCAGAUUCUUCUUGCAAGAAAAUGGGAAACAAAAUUAGACACAAGUGAAACAAAGUGAGGGCCACAUGGAUUCUAUGCCUGCACUGUUAUUUAAUAUGCUGAUUUUCUGUCUAUGAACCACAGAAAAUAUCCCUUGGACCCCAAAAGUAUUUAAAAGUGUUUCACAGUUGACCAUUGAUACAGUUUCUGAGCAUCUACAGAGACUGCCAAAGAUUUCCAGCUGGAAAUUCUAACUGGAAAUCUUUCCACUGAUCUCAGUCCAAGAUGCACAGCCUCCUUAUCCUGAGACCCUGGUUCUACACUCUCUGGCUGUUAUCUUCUCAAUUCCCUCAUCAAUACCUCUCAAUCUUUUAUGUUGCAAUGGAACCAUUCCUAUUAUCUAAACCAGUCAAAUAAGGUUAAGGCCUCUUUAAACCUUGCUCCAGGAACAUUCAAAUCUUUCUGUAUUUCCAUUUACAGUGGUUUCUAGAUAAUUGGGACACAUCGGGACCAGUACAUUUUGGACCAAUUAAGUGGGUGCCCCAAUUAACUAAAGUUUCAUGGGAAUAGUUAAAAAGAUAUAAGAAGAAGACAACUACCAUUUAACUGAUGGUUGUCCACCAUAUCCAACAACGACAGAAAACUUGUGCGGUAGUGUUUGUAAAGAAGAAAAGCCGUUGCUCUGGGGCAGUUCCACUCUUGACAUUGGAUUUCUAUGUCUAAUGGGAUGAGUAGACAUCGCAACAGGAGACUUCCUUGGUUGCAGUGGAUGAUCAAGGCCUCAUUAUGGCCUUUGCUCUCUCCAGAGCAAUGUAGAUCCGCCUUUCUGGGCAUUGGAUCUCACUGAUAGUUGGUG